GUAAUAAUGACAAAGGAUUGCAAAGGAGAGAGUGGAUCCAGUUUCCCAGAGAGAUCCCCUUAAAUGGAUUACUAAAUGGGACACUACAUCAGCUAGUUCUGUCCUCUAGCUGCCUAGAUACAUGCACCGAAAAGGGUGAAGUGAAGAAGUAAAGUCUCCCCGCUGAACUACUAUGAGGUCAGAAGCCUUGCUGCUAUAUUUCACACUGCUACACUUUGCUGGGGCUGGUUUCCCAGAAGAUUCUGAGCCAAUCAGUAUUUCGCAUGGCAACUAUACAAAACAGUAUCCGGUGUUUGUGGGGCACAAGCCAGGACGGAACGCCACACAAAGGCACAGGCUGGACAUCCAGCUGAUCAUGAUAAUGAACAGAACCCUCUACAUUGCUGCUAGGGACCAUAUUUAUACUGUUGAUAUGGACACAUCACAGACAGAAGAAAUUUAUUUUAGCAAAAAACUGACAUGGAAAUCUAGACAGGCUGAUGUAGACACAUGCAGAAUGAAGGGAAAACAUAAGGAUGAGUGUCAUAAUUUUAUUAAAGUCCUCCUGAAACGAAACGAUGAUACCUUGUUUAUCUGUGGAACAAAUGCCUUCAACCCUUCUUGCAGGAACUAUAAGAUGGAGACACUGGAGUUCCUAGGAGAUGAGUUCAGUGGAAUGGCCAGGUGCCCCUAUGAUGCAAAACAUGCCAAUGUUGCACUGUUCGCAGAGGGAAAGCUGUAUUCUGCCACAGUGACUGACUUCCUUGCAAUAGAUGCAGUCAUUUACCGGAGCCUUGGAGACAGCCCAACCCUGCGGACAGUCAAACAUGACUCAAAAUGGUUAAAAGAGCCAUACUUUGUCCAAGCGGUAGAUUAUGGCGACUACAUCUACUUCUUCUUUCGGGAAAUAGCAGUGGAGUACAACAGUAUGGGAAAGGUAGUUUUCCCAAGAGUGGCUCAGGUUUGCAAGAAUGACAUGGGAGGAUCCCAGAGAGUGCUGGAAAAACAGUGGACUUCCUUUCUCAAGGCUCGCCUGAACUGCUCAGUUCCUGGCGAUUCACACUUCUACUUUAACAUACUGCAGGCUGUUACGGAUGUUAUCCAUAUCAAUGGCCAUGAUAUUGUCUUGGCAACCUUCUCCACCCCUUAUAACAGCAUCCCUGGCUCUGCAGUCUGUGCCUAUGACAUGCUUGACAUUGCCAAUGUAUUUACUGGGAGAUUCAAAGAACAAAAGUCUCCAGAUUCUACGUGGACACCAGUUCCUGAUGAGCGAGUGCCCAAACCCAGGCCAGGUUGCUGUGCUGGCUCUGUAUCAUUAGAAAAGUACAUAACCUCCAAUGAGUUCCCAGAUGAUACUCUAAAUUUCAUCAAAACGCAUCCUCUCAUGGACGAGGCUGUUCCUUCAAUUGUCAGCAGGCCCUGGUUCCUGAGGACGAUGGUCAGAUACCGUCUGACCAAAAUUGCAGUAGACACUGCUGCUGGGCCACAUCAGAAUCACACGGUGGUUUUCCUGGGAUCAGAGAAGGGAAUCAUAUUGAAGUUCUUGGCCCGGACAGGAAACAGCGGUUUCCUAAAUGAUAGCCUUUUCCUGGAGGAGAUGAAUGUUUACAAUCCCGAAAAGUGCAGCUAUGAUGGGGUAGAAGACAAGAGGAUUAUGGGAAUGCAGCUUGACAAACAUAGCAGUUCUCUCUAUGUAGCAUUCUCUACCUGUGUGAUAAAGAUUCCCCUGGGACGAUGUGAGCGUCAUGGCAAGUGCAAAAAGGCCUGCAUAGCCUCCAGAGACCCAUACUGUGGCUGGGUGAAGGAAGGUGGGGUAUGCACACAGCUGUUACCUGGUGUAAAGUUGGCAUUUGAGCAGGACAUAGAGCAUGGCAAUACAGAUGGCCUGGGUGACUGCCAAAAUUCCUUUGUAGCACUGAAUGCCAUUUCAACUCCUUCACCAGCUCAUGAAAUAUCUUACAACACAGUGUAUGGCCACUCCAGUUCACUAGUUCCAAGCACCACCACUUCUGACUCUCCAGCUCAAGAGGGUUAUGAUACUAGGGGACGUAUGCUGGAUUGGAAGGAUCCGGUUGGCUCAUCUGAAAACACAGAUCCAUAUGCGGCAGUCUCAUCCCAUAAUCACCAAGACAAGAAGGUGCUGUGUGGUGUGGUUGUGUUUAUUCCUUUGGAAGGUAUUUUCUUUCUUUUCCUGCACUCACAAACGACUUCACUCUAAUUCUACUGAAACCACUUGCUACUUUAUUUUCUGUGACACUGGUGCCUUGAUGAUGUCACAUCCAUAUGUUCAGCUGUUAAUUCAGCACAGGCAUCUUGGGGAAUAUCUGCGGGGGUGCAAAGAGGGGGUUCUUUAAAUGGGUUGACUCAUGGGAAUGUGACAUUUGUGUGCCACAGCUUUAGUAGCUAAAUAUACUCUGGAAUUGUUGUUUCUGAGAUACCUCACAUUUCCUGCCAAAAUGAAAAUGUGUAGUGCACUUCAUAGAGUAGGAGCUGUUUGUUGCCAUCCCAAUGGCCUUUUCAUUUUGGCCACUGAAUAAUCUGUCAUUGAUAUUGCAGAAUGAAAAAUUAAUUGCGAUUGGCAAACUCCACCAUUUUUUCUUCUCCCAGCCCUCUCCAAAAAGAACACAUUUCCAGAGUGUGCUUUUGUUUGUUUUUUCUUGCUGUGUUUUAAUUUAAUUCGUUGUGUUUCUCACCUUUGUCAAAACAGUAGCUCCUCACCUUGCAGUCUAACCUUCCCUUCUGCUGCCAUUGUACUUAGUCUCCCUCCCUCAAGUAAUAAAACCAAGCUCCUUGUGUGGAAUAUUCCAAGGCUUUACCCUGUUCACUUUGAAUCGUACGACAGUGCUGUAUCUAUGUAUGGUCCUAUUAACAAAAUGGGGAGUAGAUACAUAAAUCUACUAGAGGGUAUAAAUGAAGAAAAUGAAGUAAUUUUCUUCAACCGUAACUGACCUUGCCCUUCGUUACCCUACUGGCCCUUGUCUACUGUCUUCUGUCCUUGCUGCCUUUCUUUAGAAAUGCCUGAUAUCUUUCAAGUCCUAGAUUCAUUAACACAAACACAGUAAACACUCUGUUUUCUCUCUCACUUGCUAGAUGGUUGGAGCCUGCCCUUUAAUCAGAUUCAUAAAUUAGAUGCAGUCGUGGCUUCUACUUUCUUGGUUUUGCCAGUUUUUAUUCUGUCUAAUUCAAGCAAUAGAGGAGUUAACUGCUUAGUCCACUGAAAGAUUAAAGUCCAGGGGUUAUUUUUAGCAGUUUUAAUAUUUGUCUCUUGCCAUGGUUAGGUGACCCUGACACCCUUCCUCUCUUAACAAACUUUUUGUUCAGUGUCUACACCUCAAUAAUAGUACAAAGCUGAUUCAAAAUAAGAGGUGAGGUGUACAAAUGACAAGAGUAGCCAGUACAUUAAUUAGGCUGUCAGGGAUGCAACUGUAAAUAUUAUAUAUGUUGGAACCUCCUUUUUUCAGCUUCUCUUAACAAUAUUUGCAAACCUGUCUCUGUCACACAGUUUCUGUGCACCAUUCUGAAGUAGUCAGCUAAUAGCCACAGGGAGGGCAAAGAUUUUACAUUUCAAGAGUCCGUCUAAAAGAAAACAUUUCCUUUUGCAGGAAUAAGGUAGUGCUGUUACUAUUAUUACUACUAUUUGAAUGAUUUACUGAGUGUUGACACUAUACUUAGCCUGGGGAGUUCACAAAAAUAAAGCCAGACUCUGCUCCAAAGACCCAAAAUUAUGUGAGGUUUCAGGUACUGUCAUGAUAGGAGGGAUUGAGAAGGUAGAAAUCCAACUGGGGUUUUAAUGGUUAUUUACUGAAAUCCUGUUCACAUUGAAAUGAAAACAAUAACAACCUACAGUAAAGAUGGAGGCUCAGCUUCAUUUUGUAUAAAUUGAGGCUAAUGAUGCUGUACCCCUUAGCAGCAUGGGUGAAUUUGGCCCAGAGAGUACAUUUAAAUUUACUCUAUUUUUACAUGAAUUUAUUUUGAUUUAUUCAAGGUAUGGAAGGAUUCCAAACAUGUUUACAAAAGAGCGGUAGGGGAAUUCCUUAUUAUCUUGCUGCCAUUUUAUAAUAACUCAGAAGUGGAUUCUGUGUAGCACAGAAUUUGUCCAGAUCAUCCUUUGAGUUCAGUGUUGUCUUUUCAAUUUCCAAGGUCAACAAAAUAUUCCUUAGCCAGUCAUAGUUAUGGGAAUAUCAGAAGUGACUGACCCUUGCUAAAAAUUCACUUUAAUCAAUGAAGUAGCUGCAUGCACGAUCAUUUCCAGGGAGCCAGGAAGGAGACUUGUACUGAAGAUGUACAUGACUGGAGUAAGCACUACAAUUACACCAGUUGCUCUAGAUACCUGUUUUUAGUAUCCCUGAUCAAAACCAAACCCUUGUCCAUACAAUACUUCAGUUUCACAACAUUUCUAACUAUGAAAAACAGAACCUAGAUGCUGGAGAAGCAGUGAAAAUAAAGACAGUCAGGGCUUACCCUUUAAUUUGUUACUCUGCUGGUGGAAUUCUAUUCCUAGACUGCAAUCAAUUAAAACAGAGAUAUAAAAACAGUGUGACAGAGUGGAGAAUCAGCCCUGACUAUCUGUAUCUCCAUUGCUUCUCCAGCAUCUAUCAGCAGUUUGUGGAGAGAGGUUUGAAAUGAAGUUAGUUAUAAUCCAAGUAAUAUUCUAUUCCAUACUGGGAUUUCAGUAAAGUGUCUUGAGAUUAUGCAGGAUUUAGUCUGUUUAAAUCUUUUAUGUAUCUCCAUGUAGAUUAAGACAUAAUUAUUUUUCACAUUUGAAUUUAAGUAGAGGUUGUUUAGAGGAACCUAUUCCUAACAAAACCCAAUAGAUUUUUUUUUCUUUAAAAUGUUCUUAAGUGAAUUAGCAUCAAAUUGUUGUAAACAGCCACGUUUAUAAAAGGAAUAGUAUUCAUGUUUGUCACAUAAUGGGUCUUCAUCGGAGCUGCAAGAAAUUUUCUUUUAAAAUAAUCAAAUGCUUGUCUGGAAUAGUCCUAAUAAGUGUCUUGGGGAAUUGGAUGGCUUGGGGAUUUGGCAAUGGGAUUCAGAGCUUUUCGACUCCAGUUUGACUGCAAACCAGGUCAGUACUAACAAUAUAAUCACCAUAUAAAUGGAGUUAAUGGUCUCAGAGCAGUUCCUAAUGGACAGGUGUCCUCAUUGCAAAAGCCACGAUCAUAACUGGCAGCCUCAGCAAAAGGGUUGACAGCUAAAUGGAGCUGGAAGCUGAAUUAUCCUAACACUUCAAGAAGUGGUCCCUGCAGUUCAGAUUUAGGCACAUUAGCAGAGCAGUGUGGAGAGGCUUUUACCGGUGACACUUCUGCUGUGUGUCCAGAACCAUACAAUAUAAUUUUUUCGCCUAUUGCAUCUUUCAUCGCAACUCUAGACCAAAACAUGGUAGAACAACAGUAGUCACAGAAGGGUAAUAAUUAAUAGCAAGAGACAGAAAUUAAGGGGUAUAGGUGAGAGAGGAAAAGAAACACUUUCAGCUGAAAGUGGAAAUGAGAUGGGAAACUGAUACAAGAGAGAGAUGAAGGAAGGCUGUUCCAGACAAUAGACUGUCUUAAGACUUUAUUUCAAUGAAACGUUCUCAAGACUGUAUCUGACAGAUGGUGGAAGGAAAGAGAGCAGACUACUGCAAGGUAAGCAGAGGAGAUGAGAGAUACGAGGUUCAUGAAUAAGUUUUAACACGAAAGAGGGAGGCGGUCAUGUAAUGCAGAAUAACAAUUUAGUAGCAUCUCCCUUAGCUCCUGGCUGAAACUCUUUUAGAUCUUCAUUUGAAUCACAAAAUAAUUGAUUCCCCAACUGAUACAAUCACAAAGCUUUCUAAACAAUAUGUGGACUCCUUUUGGAGUUGUAAGAAAGAAAGCAAAACUUUCAGCGCUAAAAGAUGGGAGACGAUCAGGAAGACAGCCGAGAACCACGCUUUCUGCAAAAUGCUGUAUCUGGUAACCAAGAUCAUACAUGGAAUUGCCUUACACUUGACCACAGUAAUUAAUUUUAAAUCAAAACAGUUCUACAAUCUUUCUUAGCUAAUUAUGAAAUCCAUCUACCCUUCCAGCUAAUUGGUCUAACAACUGAGGAACCAUCAGUAACAAUGUAUGUAUCAGCUCAAAUAGCAACAGAAACCUGUCAGCCUACUCCGAGGAUAAAGAUGAAGAUAUGAAAACAAAAGCUGCCAACUUAACAUGACUUCUGGGUCUCCCUGGAAGAGUGGGGAAAAAAAGAGCUUUUUAUCUGAAAGAACAUCCAAACUACUGGAUCUACAAGUAAAACAUUAAAAACGGAGCUCAUCAGGUGUCAAAAGUGGCUUCAGGAGACGAGUUCUCCCCCCAACCUGUAAUUAUCCACUUACAUAGCUUUAAAAGCCUGCAAUCCAUUGUAGCCACAUUUGACAACUGACAAGCUCUAUUUUUAAGGUUUUGCCUUUUUACUUUUAGCUGUAGUAGCUUGGGGGGUCCAUUCAGAAAAUGCUCUUAGAAUUAGAGUUUUCCCCUCUUUCAGGGAGCAAGAAAUAAAGAUCUCCCUCCACCAGGGAAAAACUGCAAUUGACACAGGACUUUUCUCCAUCUUUGCAGCAAAAGAUGCUGCAUCCAAUUCAGCAAGAAUUAGGAUACCAGAUAUAUUUCCUCAAGGACUACGUUCACAGCUGCACUCUCCUAUCGGGGCAGCUGCAUGAUGGAGCACAAAGGGUUUGACUUUCUGAUUCUGGGGCCGGUUCUACACUAAUCCUGAAAUAUUUUCAGAUUGGGAAUGGCUGUAAAGUACAUUAACUGGGCUGUGGCCCCACACGGUCAUCACAAUAUCAGAAAAUGGCCAGCGAACAGUUGGAGGCAAUGAAGUAAGUGCUGACUAUACCAGCUCUAUGAUAAUUAUAAUGGCUUUAUGCUAAUUGGGGGGUUAUCAGGCAGCACAAAGAGGUCAGGUCUCCAGGAGAGAAUCUGGGCUUUCCAACUUAAAAACCAUGAAAAGGCUCUAAAAUUCAAAGACACUUUAGAGCAAAUAACAUAACUCUAAAAAGAGUCUUAAAGCACCUUUUUGUGUUAAAUUAAUGCCAGUAUAUAAUUAAAAUGGCAAUACUUUGUUAAAUUAAAGCUAUUUGAAUAAUUCAUUUUUCUUAUUAGUUAUAUAGUAUGUGCUUAGAUUCAGUGAUUAUAUUAAUUAAUAGAGAACAUCUUCUGUAAUAAUUUUAUGACAACCCAAGUGUUGAUUGAGAGCAGCCUACACUUUCCAUAUAGCCUACAGAUUAUUUACUAAUUGCAUAAUCCUAAAUGAAAUACCACUUCCAUUCUUUUCAUGGCGAUAAACUUGCCCUGACCAUUUUCAAUAGCCUUUCUCUGCUGAAAUUCCCAACUAUUGAUCCUUACACUGGAUUAGGAUUAUGAAAAAAGAGAUAAAUUUAGAUGUCUUCUUUCACUCAAGGAUGUAUCUUAGUUUCCUGAUUAAUGACUAACACACUUAAUUAUGAAAGUUUAAGUAGCAUAAUUCACAUUUUGCCAUGGUUUAUUUUAUUUAAUAUUAAACACAGAAAGCCAGUUGCAUUGCACCUGAUAAGCAAUCUCUCCUACAAAUGUCCUUGAUUCAGCAAAGUACUUCAGGCUGCAGGGUCUGAGCAGGAUUUUCCCUGCAAUUGCUCCUGGUGGGUAUCAGGCGCUGUGGCAUUGGAUAGCACAUCUGAGAGCCAAGAGACGGUCUCUCCUGUGCUCUCAAUGCCCCUUCCUCUCCCCCCACCAUCCCUCCCAUGGAGGAGAAAGAAGUAGCAGCAGCCUGACUGAAAUGCAGAGGGAUGAGGAGCCUGUGCAGUUUCAUUCAGCCAUCUUGUGCAUAUGCACUAUGAUAAUAAUUAUGUUUAAGAAUACUGUUAAAUUUAGAAAUGUAAUUUAAUAAGUUUACAAUAGAUUAACCAUCCACUAGCUCACCUAGAAGCAACAUUGUUCAUAGCGGCGAUUACUUACCCAAGAAUUCCUUUGUUACAGCCAUGAAACAAAAUACAACCUCCCACCACAACUCUUUUGCAGUUGCUAAAAUUCUGUAUUUCGACUAUUAAAGGAAUUAACCAUCUAAAAAUGUAAGUAAGUUCUCUGCACUCUAAAUGGAGGCUAUAUAUCAGAAUGUCUCUAAACAUAAUGGGGCAGAUCCUCAGCUGAUGUACAUUGCAGUUUACACCAGCUGAGGAACUGCCCCAAUAAAGUUAAAAAAGUUGGCUGGAACAAGUAUUUGCUGCAUCUAAGCAACUUCUUGUAAGAGAAUUCCAAUAAACCAUUUACCCUUACCCCGAGUACUUCAGUCAUUGCUGGUGAAAAAGGAUGUGAUCACUAAGCUUCUGGCAUUAAUUUUACUAUCUAGUCCCCAGAGUCCUCAACUGUGGCCGAGGAGCACACAGCCACAACUCAGGAGAAGCGGAUAGUGUAAAGCCACCAUACUGCUCCCUGCAUCUUGGGCAUAGCUGUGUGUUGGGCCACAACUUUCCCAUAUUUCAGAGCUGCUUGAAGGUUGCUCUUACUUACGCAAGGUGGCCAGUAACCCCAAAGGACUCUUAAAACUAUCCAGGGAAGCCCCAGCCACAUUCCCUGGGCUGACUGAAGAGGAGGUGUCAUUAGAGCCACCACACCAAUCUUAUGCUACAGUAGCAUUCAUCUGCACUGGAGUGAUUUUUCAUAGACAGUUAAGGCAGCUUUGUCUCUCCUGAUGAAUUUCUCAAUUUUCUAUCAGAUUUAUUUACUAAUUAUUUCCCUUAAAUAAAUACUAAAUUCUACUUUGUAGGAGAUUUUAAUGCUAUAUUAAAGUUAAAUCUCUCCCUCUAAAUCUCUUAGCUUCUAAGAUAGGUGUAAUACUCAUCUCAACUCACGCACCAAUAUAUACCUUGCUAGAAGCCUAGGAUCUCAACGACCAGAAUUACAAAUGGAGAAUCCUCUUUUAUACAUAUUAAAAAAGUAAAGCGUUUUUUCACUAAACAUCGGAGCAGAUCCUCAGCUGGUGUAAAUUGUCAUAUGAAACUAUAUUUUAAAAUAAAUGGCAAUUGACAGCAGUCUCCUCAUGAGUUUUUGAGAAGUAUUUAAAGCAUAGAAUUAUUGUUUCAUAUAUGGUACAGCUAUUUUAUCAGAACAGUCAAUCCUGGAUAAGAAACUGUACUCCUUUUAAGGACAACUGAGGACGGGUAUUUUUCACGAAACAACAGCUCAAAUGAAAAUGCAGCUUGAUAACAUUAUCACAUCUAGGGCCCAGGCAGUUCUUUUGUAUGCCCAACAAUGAUUUUUUGAAUUUGAAAAUAAAGACCCCUGAAUGCUUCCAAAAAUAUGCCAUCCCACUAAUGAUUUGUCUAUGAUACUUACAAUUGUGACAGAAGAAAACAAUGGCGUAUUUUUAAAAUUCUCUUAAAAAAACCCCAAACCCUAUGUUAUUCUUGCCCAUAUACUCCUAUCCAAACCCCCCCCCCGCUCCCUGUCCCCUGACUGCCCCCCCCCCAGAACCUACGCGCCAUCCAACUGACCCUCCACCCCACCCUUAUGAUGCCGCUCAGACUGACAGGAGCUCGCAGCUCCGCUGGAGCCAGCUGUGCUGCCCACAUGGCAGCAUAACUACAGGGAAAGGGGGACAGCAGGGGCUGGGCAAGACGGUCCUGUGGGCCGGAUGUGGCCCACGGGCCAUAGUUUGCCCACCUCUGCUCUAGUAGUACAUAGUUCCAUAGAACCUGUUUGUAUUACUGGAGAAAUCUAAUUUCUAACAUCAUUUUAGAGCCUCCAUCAUGUUCUACAUUUCUUCAUGUGUAUUCUUUAUUUGACUGGCACCCAAUCAGACUCUCUCAAUGGCUCCAUGUCUAGUUGGCAGCUGGUAUCAAGCGGAGUGCCCCAGGGGUGGGUCCUGGGGCUGGUUUUUUUCAAUAUCUUCAUUAAUGAUCU